CAACUGUGCUUUUUGUGUGGAGAAAAAGAGAGAGAGAGAAAGAGACGAGUGUUCACACCCCCUCCGAAGCCUCAUGACUCACAAAGGGGUGAGCUGCAGCAGCAGCAUCACACACACAGACACACACACACACCCCUUCCCUCUCCAAGUGCCAGGACGAGCCGGCAAAACCACGCUUCUCCAGAAGAAGGAAAACAGAGGGAACGGCAGCGCAGAAAAGUUGGCCCACACGACUCAGUCAGUGAUGUCACGAAACAUGUGACCCUGCUUCUCCUGUGACAUCGUUCUGAGCGAAAGAAAAAAGAUUUUUUAAAGGCUCGUGCCUCUUUUGGGUUUGUGUGAAGGCUCCGCUCACCUCCCGAGCAACCACAGAACCGCAGAAAAAAAAGGUUUUUGCAUGCGGAGCGUAAAUGGUUAAUUGUCGCCGGGUUGUCAACUUCAGGUUCGAGGACCGCACCAACCAGUAAGUACGCUUCAACCGCACUAGCGAGCUUGGCUCCAUCCUAUCCAAUAAGGCGACAGAUUUUUGCUUCUUUUUUUUUCCUUUUUAAAACCAGACCUGGUCAUUACUUGUGGUCAUGAAAAUAGUUGAUACAAAAACGCAUUUCUUGUGGAUGUUUUUUCCUUUUUUGCAUCUUCCCCCUGCUGGCACACACCACCACCACGCACUCCUAACCUAAAAGGCGUCAAGGGUCACCAGAAACCACGGAGAGGCCAAAUUUGGGAGCGAAAGUGGCGACCAUGGCGUCCAACAGCCUGUUUAGUUCUGUGACCCCAUGUCAGCAGAACUUCUUCUGGGAUCCCAGCGCCGGCCGGAGGUUCAGCCCGCCGGUGUCGGUGAAGAUGAACGACGUGAACUCGAAUGCAGGACCUCAGCAGCAGCAGGACGGCGCGGUGGUGCCCAGACUCCGCGCGCAGGAGAACCGCUCCAUGGCCGAGAUCAUCGCCGAUCACCCGGCCGAACUGGUGCGCACGGACAGUCCCAACUUUCUCUGCUCGGUUUUGCCUUCUCAUUGGAGGUGUAAUAAAACCCUACCGGUCGCGUUUAAGGUGGUGGCCCUGGGUGAGGUUCCCGAUGGGACUGUGGUCACAGUGAUGGCCGGAAAUGAUGAGAAUUAUUCAGCGGAGCUCAGGAAUGCCUCAGGGGUUAUGAAGAACCAGGUGGCCCGCUUCAAUGACCUGCGCUUUGUGGGACGAAGCGGAAGAGGGAAGAGCUUCACCCUGACGAUUACAGUAUUCACAAACCCACCGCAAGUGGCCACUUACCACAGAGCCAUUAAGGUCACGGUGGACGGACCGCGCGAGCCCAGGAGACACAGGCCGAAGCUGGAUGACUCUCCGAAGGCCGGACUGUUCUCUGACCGUCUCAGUGAACUGGAGCGCAUCCGUCAGACCACCAUGAGGGUCACUGUGCCAACACAAACACCCAGACCCUCACUCAGCAGCCCCAACUCCUACACGCCGCAGGGCCAAACGCAGAUUACAGAUCCACGACAGGCUCAAUCUUCCCCACCAUGGUCAUACGACCAGACAUACCCAUCGUACCUAAGUCCCAUGGCCUCCCCGUCGGUUCACUCCACCACUCCGCUGUCGUCCAGCCGGGCCACGGGUCUGCCCUCCAUCAGCGAUGUGCCCAGACGUCUUCCAGGUAACCUCCAGCCUCAGGCCUACAGCAGGUUCGACAGACUUGAGUCCUUUCCCUGGCCAGUUUGAGCGCCAGUUCCCUGCCUUCUCCUCACUCACCGAGAGCCGCUUUUCCAGUCCCAGAAUGCACUACCCGGCCACCUUCACCUACACGCCAACCCCGGUCACCACAGGCAUGUCAUUGGGCAGCGCUCAUUACCACACGUACCUCCCGCCGCCGUACCCCGGAUCCACCCAGAGCCAAAGCGGACCCUUCCAGAGCAGCAGCACCCCUUAUCUCUAUUACGGUGCUUCCUCCGGCUCCUACCAGUUCUCCAUGGUUCCUGGAGGAGAGCGAUCACCCACCCGCAUGAUGCCCCCCUGCACCAGCGCAUCCACAGGGACCAGCCUGGUCAAUCCCAACCUCCCGGUUCAGGCUGACGGAAGUGGAGGAGUGGAGGGAGAUGGAAGUCAUAGCAAUUCCCCGACUCUGCUUAAUCCUGCUGGAAGAAUGGAUGAAGGCGUUUGGAGGCCGUAUUGAUCAGACAGUAGACCUUUUUUUUUUUUCAAUCUGUACUCUUCCACUCGCUAUGGUGGAUUGUUGUUGGAUGUUGGUCGCCCAGCAGUCGAAACACAAAAUAUAUCAUUUCACAAAUCUUUCAAAGGACGGAAAAUAUUGGAGAAAGUUAGAUUGUUCAAAUUAGACGGUGGAAAAAGAAACACCAGAAAACAUCUCUGCUCAUUACAAUAAUAGAAACUAUCUUACAAUUUGUAAUAGUUUUAAUAGUUCUAAUGUAAAUUAGGUUUUAAUGGAAGCUGAAAUAGUCAUAAGGAGUCUCCACUGGUAGUUCAUUGCCUUCUAUUUGUGGUAAAACCCAUAAAACCUAUUUUGCCGGAAAUAUAAACGGUUACUUUAAUAGAAAAUGUGCGUGCUGCCGUCGGUUAGGACAAAAACUCCUUUUGAGUUUUUGAUGAAAGAUGUCUUUAUCGCGUGUGUUGUUAGUUUAUGAUGUCUCUCAUGAUGUUUGGAGACAGUAAAAUGUUUUUAGCAUAAUUUUAAUGUUUUAGCCCUCUGGGGUUGCCAAAUGCUCUGGUGUGUUUACUCACAUGUUUUUCUGAUGACAGUGAAAAUACCUUAAGAUACUUUGUUUGUCAUUUUCAUAUUACAGAUAUGAGUAAGACAUCAUUUAAAAUUGUUUUUAAAAAGUAUAUCGUUUUUAUUCCUGUGAUUGAAAACCAGGACAUGCUGCUUAGGUAUGCUUUAAAGCAUUGCUACUGGUCAUGAGCUAGUUUAAGCUUGUUCUUAGGGUUGAAGAUGGUUCUUAGAUGGCCAUGAGUUGGUUUAAACUGUUUCUUAGCUAGACAUUAACUAGUUUAAUCUGGUUCUUAGCUGGUUUAAACGAUUUUUUAGCAAGUCAUAAACUGGAUUAAUCUGGUUUUUAGCUGGUUCUUAGCUAGUAAUUAACUGGUUUAAUCUGGUUCUUAGCUUGUUUAGGAUGGUUCUUAGCUAGUCCUGAGAUGUAUUCGCCUGGCUUUCAGCUGGUUGAAACUCAUUCUUAUCUAAACAUGAACUGGUUUGAUCUAGUUCUUAGCGGGUUUAAGAUGGUUCUUAGAUGGCUAUGAACUGGUUUAAACUGUUUCUUAGCUAGACAUAAACUGGAUUAAUCUGGUUUUUCAGCUAGUCAUGAACUUGUUUAAUCUGGUUUGUAGCUGAUUCACGCUGGUUCUUAGCUAGAAGUUAACUGGUUUGAUCUGGUUCUUAGAUGGUUAAAACUGCUUAUUAGCUAGACAUUAACUGGUUUAAUCUGGUUUUUAGCUGGUUUAAACUUCUUCUUAGCUAGUCAUGGACUGGUUUGAUCUAGUUCUUAGGGGGUUUAAGAUGGUUCUAAGACACCAUACGGCUGGUUAAACUGUUUCUUAACUAGACAUUAACUGGUUUAAUCUAGUUCUUAGCUGGUUUAGGAUGGUUCUUAGCUAGUCAUGAACUUAAUUAAUCUGGUUUUUAGCUAGUCAUGACCUGGUUUAAUCUGGGUUUUACCUGGUUUAAGCUGGAUCUUAGCUAGUAAUUAACUAGUUUAAUCUGGUUCUUAGCUGGUUUAGGAUGGUUCCUAGCUAAUCAUGAACUGAAUUGAUCUAGUUCUUAGCAGGUUUAAGAUGGUUCUUAGAUGGCAAUGAGCUGGUUUAAACUGUUUCAUAGCUAGACAUGAACUGGAAUAAUCUGUUUUUUAGCUGGUUCUUAGCUAGUCAUGUACUGGUUUCAUCUGGUUUUUAGCUGUUUUAAAAUGGUUCUUAGCUAGUCAUGAACUGGUUUAAUCUGGUUCUUAGCUGUCUUAAGCUGAUCAUGUGCUGGUUCUAAGCAACCCCUGCUCAGGAAAAGAACCGGUCCAGCCUAAACCAGCGAAGAACCAGUUUAAACCAGCAGUCAUGCUUCAGAACAUACCUAACCAGCAUAUGCUGUUUUUAACACACAUUCAAGUACGUAAAAAAUGACAACAAAACAACAUGCUUUUGUAAAAUAGUAACAAAUAGGGUGUGCUUUUUGCCAUCAACUUCCUUCUUAAAAGCAUUACAAAAACACAUGCCUCGCAGACAAAAAGGUAAACGUGCUUACAAAAUUUAGAAAUAGUGACCAUCCAACAAGCUAAUAUCCAGAGCUAAUUGUAUAUAGACAAUGAAGCAUUCUUACCUGAACACUAAGUCCUGUGUCUUGUCUAAUUUUAACAAUGCACCAGUUUUUCAAAGUUUUUUGUGCUUUGGAAAUGUGUGAAAUGCUAUAUUUUGUGUGUUUUGACAGCUAGAUAUCGUGAAUGAAAAUGGACUUUUAUCCCUCACAGCCUCAUUUUGGAAUCAUCAGGUUGAAUAAGGUCUAUGAGUGUUUCUAAACGAAAGGCAUGGUUUUAAAGCACAAACCUUUUUUAGGAUCUCGCUGAGCUACUUUCCCUCGCUAACACAAGUAUUUAUGAGCCCGUUGAAAAGGAUAUGUUUUGUUUUUUUACAUUGAACUUUAUGGUGUUACGUUUCUUCUGGACUUUUUGAACUCUGGGAAUCAUUGUCAUUUAGGCAGGAUUGAAGGAAUCGAGACGGAGUAUUUCAUUCAUCAUUAUGUUAUUAUUUACUUGUCUUGGCAUGUUUUUUAAUAUAUCAUUUAAAGCACUGAACAACAUCUGUAUGACAGUUUGUGAUCAAAUCUCUUUUUGUGCUUUUUGUUUGUUCGUUUGUUUGUUUGUUUAACUUAAGCAUUUAAGUUAUACGUAAUUGAUUUAAAGUAACUUAUGAAGCCAUAGAUUGAAUUAAUGUAUUUGGAGCUUGAGUCAUAGAGGGGAUAUUUUUGUAAAGCGUCUAUGUUCAAGUCUAAUUUAAACAAAUUCUGUGCCUUAAUUGAUCACACGAAGUUGUUGAAUGCGUUCAAAACGAAAUAAGGGUCUCUGUGUCCAAGUACACUACAUUUGUGAGCAGUUAUACCAAAUGCUCUUUCACUGUUUUAAAGCUUUAAACCAAAGAAACAGCCACGGAUGCUCAAAAAGUGUUUGCCAAUGUGCUAGAUCAAGCUUUCUUUGAGUAGCGUGCAUUUGCUGGGGUAAUUUAUUUAGCUUUCUUGUUGCUUUAUUAUAAGUGGCUGGGAAAGGUUUCCAGUGGAGGAACAUUGAAGGUUAUGGAUAUGUAUCUUACAGGGAUGUACUUUUCCUGAUAACUGGAGUGAGUCAAAUAAAUAUGGAGGGGAAGUUCUCUCAGCUAUGGCACUAUAUUAUUGCACCAAUGCAACUGGAGUAAAUACCUCUCUUUUUUUCGAAGGGGGGUGGGAUGUAAUUUAUAAUAGUAUAACUUUUAGCUAUAAUUAAAUGGAAUGAGUAAAACAAAAAUGAUAAUUUAAUUCAUCAAGGAUGCAUUUUAUUGAUAAUUGAGACUUUUUCUAGAAUCUUGAACUUAAUUAUGUUGAAAAUUCAGCUUUGCAGCACAUGAAUAAAUUACAUUGCGAAAUCAAAUCAAAUAGAAACUAGAUGUACGAGUUGUAAAAAUAUUUUAAAUAUUUUACAGCAUUUUUAAUCAAAUAAAUGCAGCUUGAUGAGCUUGUAUGCUUAAAAAUAUAAAAAUACGUCUUAAAAAACGUCUUAAACAUCCCAAAGUUUGGAAAAGGUACAAUUAGAAAAAUUUCAUUCCAUUAUAGUGUCAGAUUACCUAAUAAAAAGGUUUAUUAUCAGCUCUUAAUUAUGCAAAUUAUCUUCAUGAUUUCACAAUAAUGCUGUUCAUCAAAGACGGAUGGAUUUAACCAACCGCAAUUGUGUUUAUUUAGUGCAGUGUUUCUCAACCACGUUGCUGGAGGACCACCAGUUCUGUACAUUUUCCGUGUCUCUUUAACCAAACACACCUGAUUUACAUCAUCAGCUCAUUAGCAGAGACUGAAAGAGCUGUAAUGGGUGUGCAUACAAAGGGAGACAUCCGUGCAUCGUUGGUGGUCCUCCAGGAACGUGGUUGAGAAACACUAAUCUAGUGCAGGGCUGCCAAAUUCAGUUCCUGGAGGGCCGCAGCUCUACAACCCUGCUUCAUCGGACAUACCUGUAGGUUUCAAACAAGCCUGAAGAACUCAAUUAGCUUGAUCAGGUCUGUUUAAUUAGGGUUAAAGCUAAACUGUGCAGAGCUGCGGCUCUUUAGGAACUGAAUUUGACACGUGAUCUAGUGCCUUACUAAACAACUGACAGCUUUCCUCAGAUAAGUGCUUUAAACAAAACAAAAAACGGCUCGUAAAGCCAAUAUUUAUACUGUUAAAUUAAAAAAAACCAAAGCUCUUAGUUUGUUGUUUGUUUCUGAUCAACUUUAGAUCCAGUAUUGCAUCUCCAGCGGGACUAGUCCACUUGUUUCGAAUGUUAUCACUCGAUUGAAUGGGCGUUAUCAGCUGAUAGAUAUGGGCCAGUAGGGGUCUUCUGCACCUACUGGUAGGCUCAAAAGGCUGGAAUCAUCCAUCAACAUGGUUAAUCAGCUAUAAUAAUAGAGAAGACUUCAGAUCCAGAUCUGUUUUUACAAUACGGCGACGGUUGAGGUAGGGGUA